AUGAACAAAUCCGACAGUGAUGAAGCUCCAAAGAUCUGCUCAGACAAUGGCAAAAAGGGAUGCUGCUCAUCUAAUUCUGCACCUGACAUUCGCGGAGACAAAUCACCCAGCUGUUGUAAGGGCAAGACUUCACCCUGCUGCGACUCUACUUGCAUCGAUCGCCUCGCUUUGCGGGAAUGCACCAACGGAAUGUCGCCAAACCCACAUCAAUUGCGCAAAGGCUCCGCUGAUAAUAAUUGCACUGGUGGCCGAGACGGCAAGGCAUGCCGAGGUCACUCUCGGAGCGUUCGUGAGAUCUACCAGUCAAAGCUUGAUGCCUUGGGCUGUAUCUGUCGUGCUCUUCUAGCUCUCGGCCAGGAAUCUUGCUGCGCUCCCCGUGAGCGCUCCUCCAUCGAAAUGGAGCAGUAUCCAAAGAAGUCCGCAUCUAUUCAUCGCAUCUCAGUUGAUUCUUGCUGCGCUUCCAGGAUGGGUUACCUCCCUUCUAGUCCGGCGGGAAGAAAGUGCAGCAAAAAGCUUGCUCGUCCUUCAAGCCCUGGUAUCAAAUCGAAUGCAUGCGAGGAUGAUUGCUGCUCGAAACCCAGGCCUCCGAGAAAAGCUUUGAGCAAUGCUGGAUCAUGCGCUGGAUCAUGCGCUGACUCUUGUUGCGAUACGUCAUCACCAGGACCUGCCAACCCACCGUUGUCGCAAGAGUCCAAGAAUGUCAGCGAAGAUGUCGAACGGGGCCUGGCUGGCAAGGAACACGUCGUUCUGAGCAUUUCUGGUAUGACCUGCACUGGAUGCGAAACCAAGCUCAGGCGAACUCUGGCCACAGUGAAGGCAGUCAAAAACCUCAAGACCAGCUUGGUAUUGGCGAGAGCCGAAUUCGACUUGAACAUCGGCGCUGGCUCGGUGGAUGAAGUCAUCAAGCAUCUCGAACGAACCACAGAGUUCAAAUGCGAAAAGAUUACUACGCAGGGUGCUGCCAGUGUUGACAUCCUCUGCCCUUGCGAUCCCCAGGACUUCAUCAAUCAGCCAUGGCCCAAUGGAGUCACAGACAUACGCGUUGUAGACAAGGCUAGUGUCCGUGUAGCAUUUGAUGCGAAGGUCGCUGGAGCCCGCGAUCUGGUUGAAAAGGGCUGGGAAACGCCUCUUACUCUGGCGCCACUUCGAACAGACCCUUCUUUGGAGGCUGGAAGUAAGCACAUUCGCAACAUGGGAUUCAUCACACUGAUUUCAACUAUCCUAACUAUUCCCGUUCUCAUUAUGGCCUGGGCACCCCUUCCAAAGAGAGAAAUUGCUUAUGGCUCGGCAUCUCUGGCCUUGGCGACGAUUGUACAAGUUGCAAUCGCCGGGCCCUUCUACCCAAAAGCUUUGAAGAGUCUAAUCUUUUCGAGGGUCAUCGAGAUGGACCUGCUGAUUGUACUCAGCACAAGUGCUGCGUACAUCUUCUCCGUUGUCUCAUUUGGGUUUCUUGUCUCUCACAAACCCCUUUCGACUGGCGAAUUCUUCGAGACAAGCACCCUUCUUGUAACUCUCAUCAUGGUUGGUCGGUAUGUGAGCGCUUUAGCGCGACAAAAAGCCGCCGAAUCCAUCUCGAUACGAUCUCUCCAGAUAUCGACAGCUUUGAUUAUCAGCGCAGCUGGCGAAGACAUGGAGAUCGACGCCCGCCUUCUUCAGUACGGAGAUAUCUUCAAAGUUGUCCCAGACUCCAGAAUCCCUACCGAUGGAACAGUUAUCUCAGGAUUCUCGGAAAUUGACGAGUCAAUGAUGACCGGAGAACCAGGAAGCGUUGGAAAGACUACCGGAUCAUCCGUUAUUGCGGGCACAAUCAAUGGCUUCGGGGCUCUUACCGUUCGUCUAACUAGGCUUCCUAGCAACAACACCAUCAGCAAUAUCGCCGGGAUGGUCGACGAGGCCAAGCUUUCUAAGCCAAAAAUCCAGGACAUUGCUGACAGAGUCGCAACGUACUUUGUGCCGGUAGUUGUGGCCAUCACAAUCAUCACUUUUUCAAUCUGGAUCGCCGUUGGCAUCACUGUACGCAGGCAGACUGGCUCUGAAGCAACUAUCGAGGCAGUCACAUACGCCAUCACCGUUCUCAUUGUAUCUUGCCCAUGUGCUAUAGGCCUAGCGGUACCUAUGGUCAUUCUAAUUGCGAGCGGUGUAGCUGCCGAAAAGGGGGUUGUCUUCAAAUCCGCUGACAGCAUUGAGCUUGCCUACAAGACUUCGCACGUUGUCUUUGACAAAACUGGAACUCUUACAACUGGAAAACUAAGAGUUGCGCAUGAGGCAUACUUUACCAAAGAUAAAGCGACUACGAGAUCGUUGCUUCUCGGACUCGUCGGUACUAUCAAACACCCAGUCUCUGCUGCUGUUUUCACUCAUCUCAAGGCAAACGAUGAUGCACCUACAGCCGUUAUGGAUCUGAAAACCUUGACGAGCAAGGGUAUAGAGGCGAAACUUGACGGAGCUACUCUGAGAGCUGGCAACUCGCGUUGGCUUGGUCUCUCAAAUGAUUCUAGAGUCCAAUCAGUCCUAUCACAGAGCUAUACAACCUUCUGCUUCACUAUUGAUAAUUCUUUAGUUGCUGUCUUUGGCCUUGAAGACUCUAUCCGCACAGAUGCUCAUGAGACCAUUUCAACUCUACAGGCUUCCGGAAUCUCUGUUCACAUCCUCUCCGGAGAUGAUGAUGGUGCCGUUCGAACAGCAGCUUCACGAUUGGGUAUCCCUGAUCUCAAUGUUCGUUCCCGAUGCACCCCUGGAGACAAGCAAGAGUACAUCCAGAACCUCCUGUCUCAACCUUUUUCGAACAGUUCUGGAUCCAGACAGAAUAAUCCGAAACAGCCAGUCGUUAUAUUUUGUGGCGAUGGGACUAACGAUGCAGUUGCGCUGGCCCAGGCCACCAUUGGCGUGCACAUGAGCGAGGGAACCGACGUCGCAAAGUCUGCCGCGGACGUCGUUCUCAUGCGUCUGAGUCUUAGGGGGAUUCUCACCAUCAUUGCCAUUAGCAAGAAGGCUAUUCACAGGAUCACCUUCAACUUUUGCUGUAGCUUUGUGUACAACUUGUUUGCCAUUCUCCUCGGAGCUGGCGCAUUUGUCAACGCCAGGAUUCCGCCCGAGUUUGCGGGGUUGGGUGAACUGGUCAGUGUUCUUCCAGUCAUUGCUGCCGCAGUACUUUUGCGAUGGACCGCGAUCUAG